ACUCAGCUUCCUGAUUUUUGCUAUACAGCAGAUCCAUUAGUGAACGAGGACAUGGCAUCCAAUAGGCGUCAUAUCGCAAUACUAACCAACCCGAGGUCUUUGUCAACUGCUCUGGAAUUCAGCUUUAAAAGUAGGGACGACACAGCAGUAAUCCAUGAGCUAUAUGGUGCUAGACAUUGGUUUGGAACUGAAGGACCUCCAGAAAUAUUGCCCCACUUACCCAAAACGAAAGGAUACACAUUUGCAGAAGUUAAACAAAGGCUUGCGAAUGACCAACAAGAAACACCAAUAACAGUGUGGAAAGAAACAUCAGUGACAUUUCCUUUGGAUAAAGAGUUUUAUCCUAAACAUUAUACACCUAUUUUUCUCAUUCGCGACCCUCGAUACAGUAUUAUGAGCUACAGAAAACUUUGUCUCGCUUUUACAGAUGGAAAGCGUGAGAAUGUACCAUAUGGUGGUGGUUUUAUUCAACUACGUAAGAUAUAUGAUUGGAUAACGAAAGAGGUUUGUCCUGACCCUGUUGUUAUCGAUGCCCAUGAACUUUCACGUCACCCCAAAGAGAUUCUGACAGCUGUGUGUGAGAAGAUUGGUAUUGAGUUUAAGGAUUCAAUGUUGCACUGGAAACAGAACAACAAUGACCACUGGGAUCCUGUCUGGAAAUGCCUUGCAAUGAAGGCAUACACAAAUGUCAUGCAAAGCCAAGGUUUCAUUCCUAAAGAAGAACAAGAAGAUAUUGAGUUCCCAGAAUCGAUACGAGACAGCAUAAUGGCGGCUAUUCCUAUAUACGAGUCACUCUAUGCCAAACUUGAUGAUGGAUCGCGAGUUGGAACAGGAAUUUCACACCAUAUCUCUGAUAUUGGAGCUGGAGCUAUUGCUAAGCAGACUACUGUGCCAAGUAGUACGUUAUCAAGCCAGAGCCGUGGUGAACGUUCCAAGAAACCUACAGAGAAGUGCCUGCAGUAUGCAUUGGAGACUAGACAGAGGGAACGAAAUAGACUGACUAGUCAGUUGAGAAAUGGUAUGAAACGAAUCUUGAGAUCGUUAGAUGAAUGA